AUGGCCAACCAUCACCAUGCGGGCCUUCCUCAUAGUAGUGCCAGACCGUCGUCUUCGAAAUCAGCUUCCAUGUCAGCCAACAUUGUGGGCGUGCAUUAUCGAGUGGGCAAGAAAGUAGGUGAAGGUAGCUUUGGCGUCUUGUACGAAGGUACCAAUCUGCUCAAUAAUCAGUCCGUGGCCAUCAAGUUUGAAGCUCGCAAGUCUGAAGCCCCUCAGUUGAGAGACGAAUACCGAACAUACAAAAUCCUAUCCGGUUUACCGGGUGUGCCCAGUACAUAUUACUUUGGACAAGAAGGCCAGCAUAAUAUCCUUGUGAUUGAUUUACUUGGUCCGAGUCUCGAGGAUGUUUUUGACAUGUGUGGUCGCAAAUUCUCUGUCAAAACAGUGGCAAUGCUUGCGAAACAAAUGCUGCAUCGAGUAGAAAAUGUCCAUGAGCGAAACUUGAUCUAUCGAGACAUCAAACCAGACAAUUUUCUCAUUGGUCGACCACGAACAAAGAACGCCAACACCGUUUAUUUGAUCGACUAUGGCAUGGCGAAGCUCUAUCGAGAUCCCAAGACGAAGCAGCACAUCCCUUAUAGAGAACGAAGAAGCUUAUCUGGAACGGCAAGAUACAUGAGCAUCAAUACUCAUUUGGGAAGAGAGCAAUCAAGGCGUGAUGAUCUUGAAUCACUUGGCCAUGUCUUUAUGUAUUUUCUACGCGGAUCACUUCCAUGGCAAGGUCUUAAGGCAGCAACAAACAAGCAAAAGUAUGAAAAGAUCGGCGAUAAGAAGCAGACUACAUCAAUCAAGGAUUUAUGUGGAGGAUUCCCUGAGGAGUUUGGCAUUUACUUGCAAUACGUGCGCAAGCUUGGCUUUGAAGAAAAACCUGAUUACGAGUUUCUACGUGAACUAUUCGACAAAGUGCUACGACGCAUGGAUGAAACAAGUGAUGGUAUUUAUGAUUGGAUGCUGUUGAAUAACGGCAAGGGAUAUGAGCACCGAUCCUCAUCUGAUGGAAAGCAUAAACGACAGCAACAGCAACAAAAUACACGAGAAGCGACAUCACGGCUUGCAUUAUCACCUGGUAGUCAUACUCGACAAUCGAACCAGCCCAAUACCCAUCAACGAAAAGCAUCACAGACAUCACAACCACGUCCACAAAUCAACACAAACACCACCAUCACAGGCACAACAUUACCCGUCAUGCCCCAACCUACAUUAUCAGCUCCCCUACAUGGAGAUAAGCAGCAUCAUGUCACUUCAUCUUGUACUCCUAUGAUUCAAGACCAGUCUUUGGGACAUGGCAUAGACGAGGAUACCCAGCACAAAGAACAUCGUGGAUUUUGGCAAGGAUUUAUGGCAUUUGUUACAUGCGGCACAAUGGGCCAUACAUAA